AUGCGUGGGAAGGAGGAGGAGCAGAGCGAGGAGGAAGAGGAGGAGGAGCAGAGCGAGGAGGAAGUGGAGGAGGAGCAGAGCAAAGAGGAAGAGGAGGAGGAGGAGCAGAGCGAGGAGGAGGAGCAGAGCGAGGAGGAGGAGGAGGAGGAGCAGAGCGAGGAGGAGGAGCAGAGCGAGGAGGAAGAGGAGGAGGAGCAGAGCGAGGAGGAGGUGGAGGAGGAGCAGAGCGAGGAGGAGGAGGGGUAG